UGAUGUCAUGAUCAACCGGAAGUUAGUUUUUGACGACAUCGACGUCUUCGUCUGUGAAGAACUUCGAUUGUGAAAGCGAUUUGAAAAAAUGAAUAUUGCUGGCAUACAAACACAGUUUGAAGAUGGUGCAAGAAAUGUUCCUUGUAGCAAGUACUGGUGUGACAUCUGCAAAGUAGCUUGCAUAUCUGCUGUGAAUCUGCAGGAACAUAUCAGGGGCUAUCAGCACAGAAAAGUUGAACAAAUUUUAAGAGAGACUUGGGGUAAUAAAGUAAGCAACGUUACAACUCCUGCGAUGAAUACUGGUCCUGAUACAAGAACGUUUGAUGAUUAUCUUUUGUCUUGGAAUGCUGAUGAGCCUUUAAUUGGUCUCAAUUAUGUGAUUGAAUACCAGCGGGAUGGGGGAAGAGACCCAAUGUACGAAUGCACGUUAUGUGACUUCACAGGUUACCUGCGCAUAUUUGUUUCACACCUUGGUGGCAUCAAACACAGAAUGAAUUACAUGUCAAGAGAAUAUCCAGAGAUGGUGAAGUGGGAUGCAACUAAAUUAAAGCAAGAGGAGUUGUGUCUUAUCGUUAAAGAAAGAGCUGCUAUUAUUGAGAAACUGGAAGGGAGAAGGAGCAUUAAGGUUAUCAGAGGACAGGAUCCACCCAGUACAAUUGGCGUACUUAAAAGGGUUCCACUUCCAAGCAAUGAUUCUAGAAUGAAUCAAGGUGGAAGUCUUCAAGAGGGAAUGAAUUCGCAAAGCUAUGCACAGCAUUCAUACCAGGAAUAUGGAUUCAAAGAAUGGGAAAGAAGUUCCUCGCAAAUGGAGCAAGAUUUGAUAGAAGACACAAUGUACACAAGAGAUCAAUCACUGACAAGCAAGAUGAUGUAUUCAGUUCCAAGACAUGAUGAAGGACAAUAUAGAGCUGAAGUUCGACCUUCUGAUAUGUAUUCUGACUGGAGAAGAGAUGAUAAAGACUUUUAUGAAGAGAACAUUGGAGUUAUGGAUCGAUAUGCAGACCACAGGAAAGACAACAAAUCGCAGUAUCGAGAAAUUAUUUCAAGUGGAUAUGCUGAUGUAAAAAGAGAUAGCAAAGAACAAUAUGUAGAGGCUAGUAUUGUUUAUGAUGAAUACUUUGAUCACCGAGGGGGCCCAUAUGGAGAUCGUUUAUACGAAUCAGCUGAUUGGAGAAAAGUCCGCCACAAGGAACAUGAAAAUGAUAUCAGGAGUUCAGAUAGAUAUUCAAAUAUAAGAAAUGAUCAACCACGAUACAUAGAUGAUGGUAGAGGUGCAGACUGGAAAAGAGAUGACAGAAAACAAUAUGAAGAGGAAUACAGUGCCAGAGAACAAACUGGAAAGUCUGAUCACUGGAUGCAGAAAAAGGGUGAUUAUUCCCAGCCACCACGUUUUCCUGAUGUGAUUGAUAAUAAAAGAAAGAAACUCUAUAACUAUUUGCAAAGCUUUCAGAUAAAAAGUGAAGAUGAUGCGAGUUUUGUUCUGAAGGUUACAAAGGCUUUCAAGGAUGCAUUGAUUAGUUAUUACCAAAAGAAGGAAUCCAUUAUGUGGACAUCUUGAUCAACCGGCACAUUCCUGGUCCCAUAGGUAUCGGUCAAUAAAACGUUUGCAUUAAAAAUAUUUUUUAUUAUAUUCCUUCAAUAUUUUGUGAUGCAUUUUACGAUGCUGGUUAUUUCAGCCAGGAGUGUAGUAUUGCACAUGUAUGAUACAGUAUUUCAACUUUUACCUUGUUUGUUUCGGGAACUGAAUCCUGACGUUGACAGUCAUCCUUAUGGUAAACAAUGCUUUGCUUAAAGUUGCAAUUUUCAAUUUCCCCAAAGAGUAGGAAGUUUGAUAUACCAGGUGCAAUAACUUUCUACAAUCAUUAUGUCAAAGCUGGAAAGAGAUAAUAAUAGCUCUGGCACUGCAACGUUCACUACAGAGUUGGUUUAAGGUGGAUCAAAUAAGUGCUUUUUCCAGAAUGAAUUACAGUGUCAUCAACUACAUUGAAUCAAAAUUGUGAUGAACCCAACUCUGCUUCCAAAAUUGUGAACAUGAUUAUUUGUCUAAUGUAAAGAUUCAGGAUAGCUGUUUUCCAGUAUAUGAAUAAAAUAUCAGAUUUUUCGUUAAUGAUUUUGCAAUGUAAUCCUAUGCAAUGAACAUCAUUAAAAUGUAAUCAUGGCAUAACAACAGUUUUUUAGUUAUUUUGUGUACAUCUUUUUUGCACUCUCUUCCAUUCUUCCAUCCAGAAGAAUGGCUGUGAUCCAGUGUAAGAGAAAAUGCACCAAGACAAAUAGAGCUCUCAUUCAACAAUUUUUCACUGCAGAAUAACUUGCAAAUGAAUGGUUUUUGCAGAUGUCAAAUUACCCAAAAUCUAUCAGCACUGAAACUUUGUUAUUAAUUCUUGAUUUUAAAAAAAUCAACUUGGUCCAGGCUCUGAGGUGUAAUUUGUGCUGAGUGCAAAAUCCAACCAGAUUUGGUUUCCUGCUUUAUAAAAGGAAUCAUUCCCUAUGAACUGAAAUUAACAGUUGAAGAAGCUUUGCAACAGCUUCUUCAGUUUUUGCUAUGACGGAGACUUUGUCUUGUAUUUAGUUCUACAGAUGUUAUUAACUGGCAUAUUUUCUAGCUGAGUUAUUGAUACUAACUGCAUCAGUCUCUGUUUCUGUUGUCACCUCCUUGAAAUAACUUUCUAAGAUGAAGUUCAUGACAACUAAUCCUUUAGUGUGCAGACUAUGUCCUACUGCAUAAUUAUCUGGAUUUUUUUAGAACUGAUGAUUGUUACCCCAGCCAGCACAGUUAACUUGCAUACUUUUAAUCAGUACCAUUUCUUAAGAUUGCUUCAUGGAAGAUGAAGAUAAAUAUGCAUACUUCUGUUAGCUUUAUCCUACUCCGUCAGCACAGCCAAUCUUGCAGUGGUAGACUGAUGGUGCUCUGCUUGACGUCAGUAGAGAUAAUGUAGCUUUUCUUUUUGUCCUGUAUUGAGAUGAAGAUGUUGCUUCAUACAUAAUACUUUCAGGCUUACUGUUGCAUUUUUUUUGGGUGAUUCUCUAAUCCGCUGUGGUAGGUAUCAAUGGCCCCUUUCUUUCACCACAACAGUUGUGGGUAUGACAUGUCUACCGAAUUCCGGAGGAGGUUCUUAUGUAGGUGUUACUGAUGCUUUAAUCUGUUGCAAUGACUAAACUUUGCUGCAAAUGCCUAAAAUACUGCAACUGAUUUUAUCCUUAUUUUUGGACUGAGUUAUCAUGUUAUUAUUUCAACAUCAGGGAAGAAAGAAAUUGCAUAUGUUGUGCUUUGUCAUACUUAAUGUCAAAAGUGCUUUAAGCCUAAGAAAUUAUUUGGAAGGGCUGUGACAUAUUGCUCAUAACUGGCAGCCAUUUUGUACAAUACAGUUCCACCAAAGACAAUAACAUCAAUGACCUGAUGCAAUAUUUUUCUAUUCAGUGUUCAAAAGAAUAUUUGGUUGGAACACUUGGCAAAUUCUGCAUUUCACAAAGUGCAAUGCAAUCUUGAAAAUUGACUGUAACAGAAUGUUCAUAAGGAUAACACUUGUGACAGUCACAUUCCUCUAGAUGCACUAGUGUGGAAUCCUGUAUCAUAUGCUCAUUCCUGGAAUGGCAUUUCAAGUUAGAAUAUUCUAACAGUCCUACAAGUUCAUUGAAAGGUUUCAUGAAGGAGAAAGCAUCUGGAAGGUGUGCAAUAUUCUUUAUCAUUCUGAAUUCCGAAGCAAUUCUUUGCAAGAAUCUUAAUGUUCAGCAGAAAAGAGCAGCUAGUUUUUGCAGUUGGUUUGAGACUCACUAGAAAAUGAUCCAAAAUCUUUCUAAGCUCUAUUCAACUGCGCCUGAUGGCAGUACGUUCCCUAUAUGUCCGUCAUUCUUACUUUGGCUUACCAAAAGAUUUAUGUCCAGUGGUUCUUUUGUAGGGCUAUACAUAUUGCUGUUUGUUUAGGCUGAGUUCCUUUGUUAAGUUUACAUAAGUUAUUGAUCUUCCUCCAUUGUCACCUGAAUGCUUCAAACUGCUGCUCCUGCUCUAAAAUUCAGACAUAGAGUCGUAAAGUAAUAUAAAAUGGAAAUAGGCCCUUUGGCCCAAACUGGUCCAUGCUGACCAUGGGUGCCCACUCAGCUAAUUCAAACUGCCUGCGUUUGGACCAUAUUCCUCUGAACCCAUCCCAUCCCUCUACCUGUUCAGAUGUUUUUUAAAUGUUUCUAUUGUAUCUGCCUCACCCACAUUCUCUGGCAGCCCAUUCCAAAUAUGCACCACUCUCUGCAUGAAGCAGUUGCCCCUCAGGUCUUUCUUAAAUCUUUCCCCCCUCACCUUUUAAACUUCUGUCUUCUAGUUUUCAAUUCCCCAUUCCUGUGAAAAAAAUUAUAUGCAUUCAUCCUAUCUAAUUCAAUUCCCCAUCUCUUGUGAAUUUUAACACCUCAGUAAGGUUACCCCUCAUUCUCCUACGUUCCAAGGAUUAAAGUCCUUUCCUGGCCAACCUCUCCCAAUGACUCAGGCUCACUAGUCCUGGCAAGAUCCUCGUAAAUCAUCUUUGCACAUUUUCCAGUUUCACUAUGUCCUUUCUAUAACAGGGUGACCAAAAGUGCACACAGUACUCCAAAUGCGGCCUCACCAACAACUUGUACAACUGUAACAUAACAUCCCAAUUCCCAUAUUCAGUUCCUCAACUGAUAAAGACCAGCGUGCUCAAUGUCUUCUUCACCACCCUGUCUACCUGUAACACAGCUUUCAGUGAACUAUGUACUUAUACUUCCAGAACCCUCUGAUCCACAACAUUCUUCAGGACCUUACCAUUUACUGUACCAGUCCUACCUUGGUGUCACUUUCCAAAGUGCAGCACCUCACGUAGAAUUGUAUUUGCCAGGCCUCAGCCCUCUUCCCUGUCUGAUCAAGAUGCCUCUGUAAUUUUUGAUAACCUUCCUCGAUAUCAACAAUACUGCCCAAUUUUGUAUCACCUGCAAACUUACUAAUCAUUCCUUGUACAUUAGCAUCCAGGUCAUUAUGUAAAUAACAAAUAACAAGGCUCCCAGCACCAAUGCCUGUGGCAUACCUCUAAACACGCCUCCAAUCUGAGACCUUCGACUAUCACCCUCUGCUUACUAUCGAGCCAAUUUUGAAUCCAGUUAAUUUUUUUAAAUGUUUAGGAAAAGCAAGAUAGUUCUCAUCAUUCUCCUGAAUAUAAUCCUAAAUAACUUUGUUAGUAUGUUACAACUGGAUGAACUUUCACAAUCUAGAAGUGGGCUUCCUUUUCCUGCAUACAUGUCUAUCAGGAAGAGGAAUCAGUUGACAUAAAUCCUGAGUAGACCUGAAAGAUGAUGACUGCAUUUUACUGUUGAUGACUAUUCGGAUGUGCAAUUGUGCUGCUAAAAUUAUCCACACAAGAUAGGAUUUUUGCACAUUGUAAGGCUGUAAUGUUAACUAUUCUGAUUUACAUUAACAAAAAUAACUUGGCUGAAUUUGAUUUCCUUUGUCCAGAAAUUGCCCAUUUUAACUAAGCACGCAAUAAUCCACCUCAUGCUAAUGUGGAAUGUGGUUUACCACAGCUUUAAUUUCGAACGAGUAUGGAAUAUUAUGUCCCAGUCUUCAAAGUAUUUUUUAUUUAAUUCAUUUGUUUUCCCAUUUAAAAUUUGGCAAGUAGGAGAAAAUAUUUUAUUUCAUGUGAAUGAGUUUUAGGUUCCAGAAAUUCUAUUCAUAACCUGAUGAUUGACUUAAAUGAGGCAUGAAUUGGCUGAUUGUAUUGGAUACUUUAAGUAUUCUGUUAAAGCUUUCACUCUAAUAAUUGAUACUUUACAGACCAAUUGGGGAAUCCAUCGAGUUUUAUGCGCAAAACAAUCACAUGAAAGUUUCAUAUGGCUAUUCGAAACUUAAUAUCUUUAGAACUCUGGUUGAUGGGAAUUCCUGCUGGAGAGGAAAAAAAAGCGAAAUAAAAUUAGCAUCAACUGCAGUGUUUUACAAGAGAAGACUAAAACAUACCUCUUUGCAAUAAAACAUGGUAUUGAUGUUGAACUCUAGCUGACUCCAGUCAUUCACAAGCUAAGCUGACUCCCAGAUAAUUUUUCAAGAAUGUGGUCAACCUGAGCAAGUAGAAAAUUGUCUACUGUGAUGAUUUUAUCAACUUCCUCUUUGCUUUUCAAACAGAACUGCUGCUACUUUCUACCUUGUUCUGUCCACUAUGCACAGUCUUUGAACAUGAAUAGGAAACAUCUUAUUAUUUUCUGUUCUUCCAUUGAUGUAUUGAUCAUGCUGCAAACUGGAUCUUUCAAAGGCUGAGCUUUUAAAAGAAAAGUCUUCAUUUUGAAACUUUUUCUUCAGUUUUUGCUGCAAAUUCACAAUUAGCUUUAUUUCAGCUAAAUUGGAUAAAGAACCUUGAAAAUAAGUAAUGCUUGGGAUCUGGUAUUGUUUGUUUCACUAAACUCGAGUUUCAUAUGCUGAUCUCAAAUUGAUUACCAAGUGUACUUGACGGAUAAUCCCAAUGAGCUUUAUUUACUGUCAGCCUAAAAUGCUUCAAGAUCUUAAAUUGUAGUAAAUAAAUUAGACUAGGUUUCUUCUUUUGAGGAAAAAAAGAUGUUCUUAUGCUUUGUUUUUAACUAAACAGUGUCUAAAUAGUUCUUGCUGUGUCCCAUUUCAAACCUUUUUUCCCUUGCCCAACC